CUCUUGAAAUAAUGUCUUCUUCAGUUCGUGUAGGAGAAUCAAAAAAAUAAAAUCUAGCAUCAACAGCUGUGAAUAUUUUGAAAAUUAUUUAUUUUGCAAUUCUGUAACGCUCUCGAAAUAAUAGUAAAAUAUGGGAGACUACGAUUCUGACGAUGAAAAAUCACAAAUUGAAAAGCUGCGUUAUGCUAAAGUGCCGCGGGGAAUGUUUGUUAGUGGCUGGGAUGACGACGCCGACGAACUGAUUGAAGAAGACAAGAAUCCACAAGCCAGUCUUGAGCGGAUGAUUCUUUGGGCUGUAAAUGAAAAUAAAAUAAACGAGGUACGCGACAUACUAAAAUUGGAUCCCGAAGCAGUAUCUGCAGUGGAUGAUGACGGCUAUACGCCAUUACAUCGUGCAUGCUACAACAAUUUCGUAGACAUAGCAAAGUUACUGUUACAGUACAAAGCCGAUCCAAAUGCACGUACCAAACUGGGUUGGACGCCAUUACAUUCUGCUUGUAAAUGGAGUAAUGCAGAAUGCGCUGGAUUGCUUCUGCAACAUGGCGCAGAUGUUAACGCCAGAUCUGAAGGCGACCAAACGCCACUUCACGUGGCCGCAACUGUUUCGAAUUGUCGCAAUACGGCAACAGUACUUUUAAUGGACGAAAAUAUUCAGCCUAGCGCGUUGAAUAAUUCGGGAGAAACGGCUGAACAGAUUGCGCGACGAACUGGUAUGACGUUUCCUGUAUUUGAAAUGGGUCACGAAGCAUACGAGGUUGAAACUGGUAUAAUUGACUAAGAGGUGUUGAUUCUUGAUGUGUUCGGCACGCUGUUGGAAGCAAUUAAGGUUUAAAGUAUAUUUUUUGUUAUUUAUAAUUUGAAAAUAAAAAUUUUAUUAUUAUUUUGAAUUUAAAAUAA